AAAGAAGAGUUCUUACAAGUUCUCAAAGAUAACCAGACUUUGAUUCUUGUCGGUGAAACUGGUAGUGGCAAAACCACUCAGAUUCCUCAGUUUGUUUUGGAUGCUGUCGAGUUAGAGACACCAGACAAACGUAGGAAGAUGAUGAUUGCGUGCACUCAGCCUCGGAGAGUGGCUGCGAUGUCUGUUUCGCGUCGUGUGGCUGAAGAGAUGGAUGUAACCAUAGGGGAAGAGGUUGGUUACAGUAUCAGAUUUGAAGACUGCAGUAGUGCGAGGACAGUUUUGAAGUAUGUAUCUAACGAUGGUAUGCUCUUAAGGGAAGCAAUGACAGAUCCGCUGUUGGAACGGUACAAGGUUAUUAUUCUUGAUGAGGCUCACGAGAGGACAUUGGCCACUGAUGUGUUAUUUGGCCUUCUGAAAGAAGUGCUUAAAAAUAGACCUGACUUGAAGUUGGUGGUUAUGAGUGCUACUCUUGAAGCUGAAAAGUUUCAGGGCUAUUUUUUUGGUGCCCCUCUCAUGAAAGUUCCUGGAAGGCUACAUCCUGUUGAAAUUUUCUACACACAGGAACCUGAAAGGGAUUUGGAGGCUGGCAUUAGGACAGUGGUACAAAUACACAUGUGUGACCACCUGGAGAUAUUUGUUUUUCUGACUGGAGAGGAAGAGAUAGAAGAUGCUUGCCGCAAAAUAACAAAAGAAAUUUCUAAUCUGGGAGAUCAGGUGGGCCCGGUGAAAGUGGUGCCCCUGUAUUCUACCCUUCCUCCAGCUAUGCAGCAGAAGAUUUUUGAGGCACCGCCACCUCCAUUGAAGGAGGGUGGAAUUCCUGGAAGGAAGAUUGUGGUCUCAACAAACAUAGCAGAAACUUCGUUGACAAUUGAUGGUAUUGUUUAUGUCAUUGACCCUGGCUUUGCUAAGCAGAAGGUUUAUAAUCCACGAGUUCGUGUGGAGUCUUUAUUAGUAUCACCAAUAUCAAAAGCUAGUGCACAUCAGAGGUCUGGGCGUGCCGGAAGAACUCAACCAGGGAAAUGCUUUAGACUUUAUACAGAGAGAAGUUUCAAUAAUGAUCUUCAGCCACAGACCUAUCCAGAAAUUUUAAGAUCAAAUCUUGCCAAUACAGUUCUUACUUUGAAGAAACUAGGCAUAGAUGAUUUAGUGCAUUUUGAUUUCAUGGACCCGCCUGCUCCUGAGACAUUAAUGCGUGCAUUGGAAGUGUUGAAUUACUUGGGUGCACUGGAUGAUGAUGGUAACUUAACUAAGCUGGGUGAGAUUAUGAGUGAAUUUCCCUUGGAUCCACAGAUGUCGAAGAUGCUUGUUGUCAGUCCUGAAUUCAACUGUUCAAAUGAGAUUCUGUCAAUUUCUGCUGCUCUGUCCAUACCCAAUUGCUUUGUCCGGCCUAGGGAGGCUCAAAAAGCUGCGGAUGAAGCUAAAGCUAGGUUUGGGCACAUUGAUGGAGAUCAUCUCACGCUGUUGAAUGUCUAUCACGCAUACAAGCAAAAUAAUGAGGAUCCCUCUUGGUGCUAUGAUAACUUUGUUAAUCAUAGGGCAUUGAAAUCAGCUGAUAAUGUUAGACAACAGUUAGUGCGUAUCAUGGCCCGGUUUAAUCUGAAGCAAUGCAGCACUGACUUUAAUAGUCGCGACUAUUAUGUCAACAUAAGAAAAGCUAUGCUAGCUGGGUAUUUCAUGCAGGUAGCUCACUUGGAGCGUACAGGACACUACUUGACGGUGAAAGACAACCAGGUGGUGCAUUUGCAUCCAUCAAAUUGCCUGGACCACAAGCCUGAAUGGGUAAUUUAUAACGAAUAUGUUCUUACCAGUCGGAAUUUUAUUCGUACUGUUACAGACAUACGAGGGGAAUGGUUGGUUGAUGUAGCACCACAUUACUAUGAUUUGUCUAAUUUCCCCCAAUGUGAGGCAAAGCGUGUUCUAGAGAAACUUUACAAGAAGCGAGAAAAGAGAAGGAGGAAAACCCGGAGUCGCAGAUAAAAGUCGUAGUCAUCCACAAUAUUUUUUUGCUUUUGGAAUUUGGAUUGGAUAUAUCCUCUUCUGUCACUGAGACUUAGAUCAUGAUUCCUCGUAGCACUUUUGCCAUUUUUACUACCUUUUAUUAUUAAUCUGAAAGGAAUACUGAUUGUCAGUAGUGUAGUUAAAAAUGAGCUAUAAGUUUAUGUACCAUUGCCAGAGUAAUAGGGAACCUUUUUUAAUCACCGUUCAUCUUCUGUUGUACCUUAAGUAAAAAUUUGUUUCUGGAUUUUAUUUCGUUAAAGGAUAGAUCCCAUCAUAAAUGUCUGGAUGCCGGAAUUCAUUAUACUAA